UGUGCGGUGGCGCUCCCCGCAGCGGCCUCGGGCUAUGGGACGCAGCGCGUGCGCAUCGGCCGCGACGCCAUUAAGGACUUCGACUGCUGCUGCCUCUCCCUGCAGCCCUGCCGGGACCCCGUCGUCACGCCGGAUGGGUUUCUCUAUGAGCGUGAAGCCAUCGUCAGUUAUUUACUGCAUCGCAAAGCGGAGGCGGCGCAACAGCGCAAGGCGUUCGAGCGGCAGCGGCGGCGGCAGCGCCGGGAGCAGCAGCGGCGCAGCAGAGCGGGGGCCGAGGCCACGGUGAGGGGCUUCCUGCGCACAGAGAGCCCCCUCGGAGCCGCGGGGGGGGACCCCGAGCCGCCCCCGGGCCCCUCGGGGUCCCUCCCGAGCUUCUGGAUCCCCUCCCUCACCCCCGAGGCAGCGGCCGAGCCCCUCCCCAGGCCCAUGGGGGGCGGGCGCUGCCCCAUGAGCGGUCGCCGCCUGCGCCUGCGGGAUUUGGUGAGCGUUCGCUUCUCGGGGGGCGCCGCGGGGGGGACCCCUCGUUACCAGUGCGCCGUCACCGGAGACGCCCUCAGCAACGCCACCCCCUGCGCCGUGCUGCGCCCCUCAGGGGCGGUGGUGACCAUGGACUGCGUGGAGCGGUUGAUCCGUAAGGAGAUGCGAGACCCCCUGAGCGGGGAGCCCCUCGCCGAGGGGGACAUCAUCGUCCUGCAGCGGGGCGGAACCGGCUUUGCGGGCGCCGGCGUUUGUUUGGAGGCCGAGAAAUCCCGUCCUGUGAUGCAGGCGUAGGGGGACACCCCAAAACUGACACCGUACCCCCAAACCUCGGGGGGGACCCUAAAAAUCCACCCCCCCCAACCACCACCCACACCCCCCAAAACAAAGCAGGUGUGUGUCC